AUGGCAUCAUCUUUGCCACCCUCUUCAGAGAACAAUGAUGAGCAACAGCAGCCAGCAGCCACUGAACCAAUUUCGAAAAGCGAAUUGAAAGCGGAGAAUCCAACGACAACUUUCACUACAAACAAUAAGGAUGCUAGUAGUUUGACCUCCCAAUCGGAAUCUGACACAAUCCGAUCUACCAUGGAUGGCGCUAUGCAUACUGUAUCCGAUACGAUCAACAACAAUUUGGUUGCCGCUCGAAUGGGAGUGAUGGCGAGUGUGGUUCUGCUGGGUGCCUAUGGAAUUGCCAACACACCCCUCUUUUUCCGCUUUCGGACGAUUCAUGAAGUUCCAUCCUCUUACUUUGUCGGUCGGAAACGAUUGUAUGGAAGAAUUGUCGAAGUGGAUACCAAGUCGUCACUAUCUAGUUGCGAUGGCUCGAUCUAUGUGUACGUGAGACAUUUGUCGCCCGUGGGACAGAUAUUGCCCAAGACUUGGUUUGACUUUUUCCAGAGAAUGAACACGACGGCAGUGGCGGCUGCUUCGACGGUAGCUAGGUCGAGUCAUAAGCGCGAUUUGCUCAAAGUCAAGAUUGCUGGAGUACAAUAUCCACCCUUUUCAAAUUAUCGAUAUAAGACGGAAGAAUACCUCGAACGCAUGGCCAGAGAUCGUACCUUGGUGUCGUGUCAAUUAUUAGCACGGCAAAUUCCAAAGUCAGAGUCUUGCACUAACAUUGAGUCCAAACGCGCAUUAGAAGAAGCCUUUCCCGAGUUGAAAGCUGAUCUUAGCGACGAGGAGAAGGGAAGACACCAGUAUCGCGAGUCCGAUGAGGAUACCAUGGGGGAUAUUUCGGGCGUUUGCAAACUUGCCUAUCGACCAACGCUCUUUCAAUUGUUUCCUACAGACAUUGCAGUAUCUCUACUUCUAUCAGGAAAUGCUACCAUUGCCCCCACUCUGCUGGCGUCGAAUCAUGAGACAGCCGACGGGGACGACGAUCAUGCCUCCACAGCAAGCUCUAGCACAACCAUUGUAAACUCUUCGCAACGCCUAGACGACUUGCGGAAUGAUGCCAAGUAUUUGGAACGAUUGGCACAGGCUGAAUUCGAAGCCCUCAAGAAAGAAUCAGGAAUCUGGGCCUAUUCUGAGGUCCGAGAAACAAAGGCAGAUGACGUUGCUGAAAUUGAAUUCCAAGCUAGUGCGAACAUAUUUCAAAAGCUAUGGCGACGAUUACGAGGAGGGUAG